GUGCAGUCUUAUUGUGCUACAGGAUUGGUUCUCAAGGGAAUCUUCAAUCCAAUCUAAAAGCGCUCAAUGGAUAUUCAGUGAAACAAUUGACUUUGUCAGGAGUCAAUGCUUCAUCAGUGCCAACAGAUUUGUUCCAGGGGUUGCACAUUAAAGAGUUGGUGUUGGAUAAAUUCGAAGUGGAUGAUGCUUCAUUUCGUCCGGGACGUUCUCAUUUUUCAGGACUUGAAAGCUCACUUGUAGAAUUGGAGAUUAGAAGCAGUUUUAAACGAAACAGGCCACUUCUAAACUUGAAACUAGAGCAUCUCCGUUCGUUAAAGAUAGCUUUGUUUGAAGAAAAUAAAAUUCCUGAAGUUGGGAAUGAUUGGUUCACUAAUGGUCCUGAGAAGAUGAUCAACUUGAUUUUUGAAGGAAAUGGAAUAGAAAAGCUAGGGGACAAAGCAUUCUCAUCUCUAAGAAAUCUCCAAUUACUGGCAGUUGCAGGAAAUCACCUAAAUGAAAUUUCAAGAUCUAUGCUGCCUACACCUGCCACGCAUCUUCAAAAAUUGGAUUUUGCGUCA